AUGGCGGCUGGUAUUCAAACUACAUAUCCCAUGAUGCUGCGAGGAAAAGCAAGAUGGCGGCCAGCCGAAGACUAUAUUUCCCAUGAAGCCUCUGGUCCGGCGCACAGGCAUGAUGUUUGGAAAUCCCCGCCAGAUGUGAUUGACUUCACUGAGGGACAGAGUGACUGCACUACCAUGCCGCCACUGCCACCACCGCAGUCAGGGAGGAUCACCUUGGUCCCGGUGGCAUCGGUGACUUAUGAUGAUGUGCAUGUGAACUUCACUGCAGAAGAGUGGAAUUUGCUGGAUCCUUCCCAGAAGAAUCUCUACAAAGAUGUGAUGCUGGAGACCUACUGGAACCUCACUGCUAUAGGUUACAGUUGGGAAGAUCAUCAUAUUGAAGAACAACAUCAAAGUUCUAGAAGGCAUGAAAGGCAUGAAAGAAAUUAUACUGGAGAGAAACCAUAUGAAUGUAAACAAUGUGGUAAAGCCUUUUCAUAUGGUGAUCAUCUCCAAAGACAUAAAAGGACACAUACUGGAGAGAAACCUUAUGAAUGUAAUCAAUGUGGUAAAAGCUUUACACAACAAAGUCACCUCCAAGUCCAUAAAAGAACACAUACUGGAGAGAAACCUUAUGAAUGUGAUCAAUGUGGUAAAGCCUUUUCAUGUCACAGUAGUCUCCAAGCACAUAAAAGAACACAUACUGGAGAGAAACCUUAUGAAUGUAAUGAAUGUGGUAAAACCUUUUCAUUUCACAGUUGUCUCCAAAGACAUAAAAGAACACAUACUGGAGAGAAACCUUAUGAAUGUAUACAAUGUGGUAAAGCCUUUUCAAGUCACAGUCAUCUCCACAUACAUAAAAGAACACACACUGGAGAGAAACCUUAUCAAUGUAAUCAAUGUGGUAAAGCCUUUACACAACAAAGUCAUCUCCAAAUCCAUAAAAGAACACAUACUGGAGAGAAACUUUAUGAAUGUAAUCAAUGUGGUAAAGGCUUUACACAACAAAGUAAUCUCCAAAGACAUAAAAGAACACAUACUGGAGAGAAACCUCAUGAAUGUAAUCAAUGUGGUAAAGCCUUUUCAUAUCACAGUCUUCUCCAAAGACAUAAAAGAACACAUACUGGAGAGAAACCUUAUGAAUGUAAUCAAUGUGGUAAAGGCUUUACACAACAAAGUCAUCUCCAAUAUCAUAAAAGAAAACAUACCAGAGAGAAACCUUAG